AUGGCUUCCGCCCCUCCAGCUUCGAGAAAGGAGGAUAAUGCUACCAUCUCCCUAACCGCGAAUGUCUACCUUCAGCUCAAACAAUUAGCAAUGGGCGAACACUGGCUCUCACGCUAUGUUCCCCCGCUCAUCCUGCUCUUUGAAGCUUUCCUAUGCAGUGCUAUAAUCUAUUUCAUACCCUACACAGAAAUAGACUGGAAAGCCUACAUGGAACAGAUCAGCCAAUACGACUCCGGCGAGCGCGAUUACACUCAAAUCAAAGGUGGAACCGGCCCAUUGGUAUAUCCAGCCGCACAUGUAUGGAUAUACUAUGCAUUAUGGUGGAUAACUGAUCAUGGACGUGAUAUACUGGUUGCGCAGCGCAUAUUUGGAGUUCUGUAUUUGGGGACUUUGGGGGUUGUUUUGGCUUGUUAUAAGAGGGCUAAGGCACCGCAUUAUAUAUUUCCAAUGCUCGUCCUUUCAAAACGAUUACAUAGCAUAUUUGUUCUUCGACUAUUCAAUGAUGGCUUCGCGGUUUUCUUCUUAUGGGUUGCGAUCUACUUCUUCCAGCGCAGAUUAUGGACAAUUGGGAGCAUGGCAUAUAGUUGGGGUCUGGGAAUUAAGAUGUCAUUGUUACUAGCAUUGCCCUCUAUUGGAAUGAUGUUAUUCUUGACAAAGGGGGUACAAGGAGCUCUUAAACAAGCAUGGCUUAUGGCACAACUGCAAGUUGUAAUUGCACUUUCCUUCCUCCCGACAAAUGCAAUUGGUUAUUUGAGUAGAGCUUUUGAGUUUUCAAGGGUAUUCUUUUUCAGAUGGACAGUCAAUUGGAGAUUUUUGGGAGAACAAAAGUUCCUGAGUAAGGAAUUUUCUAUAACUCUAUUGGUAGGACAUAUCAGUACUCUAGCUUUGUUCGCAAUGACUAGAUGGCUCAAGCCAGCGGAGAGGCCAAUCAUGGAUUUAAUUCGAAGUGCGCUGAGAUUUGAGGAACCACUGGGACAAAGACUGCACGCCUGCUCCCAUACGAUAUCACCAAACUAUAUUAUGACAACCAUCCUGACUGCUACCACAAUUGGUAUGCUCUUCGCUCGAUCUUUGCAUUACCAAUUCUUUGCCUAUCUUGCAUGGGCUACCCCUUUCUUACUUUGGCGUAGUGGCAUGCACCCAAUCCUUCAAUAUGCUUUAUGGGGGGCGCAGGAAUGGGCAUGGAAUGUAUACCCAAGUACUGAUAUAAGCUCGUUGGUGGUAGUUGGAAUUAUGUUUAUCACCGUGGCGGGUGUAUGGUGGGGAACCAGGCUUGAUUUUGUUGCGCCCAAAGGCCAAGGGGCCGUCGAAAAGAAAGCUGCUUAA